CGUUUCAAUAAAAUUCAAAAUUACGUGACUCAACGUGAAAUUGUUCCGGAAUAGUGCCGGAAUUUUCUGUAAAUUGGACACGAACGCUCAAUCGGCGGUCUCGAACUUUCCCGAACGCGAAAUCUCUGGAAGAGUCCGGAACCCCCCACUACCAAAACUCACGUGUACAUAAAUACGACCAGAGCGGGACUUCGCGCAAUUUGAAUCGAGACACGAGAGCAGCUCAGUGAUUUUUCGAAGCGUUUGUUUACCGAGUGAUUCAGUGCUAAAUAAAUCAAAAUGACGUCUUGCGAGACGGUGCGGACGAUUCCGCUUGUUAUUGAACGGGAGACACCUAUGGAGACUGAAAGCGGCUAUCCCUUCGAACGUGACGACAGAGAGGACCCUUUCCGGUCCGAAUUGGACGACAUUGCCAACCGUCAUCCCGAAUUCGCCGAACAUUUGGGCGGCUUUCCCUUCCGCAGUGACAGUCUAGGCCGCAGGUUCCGACAGAACCGGCCUUCAGAGGAGGAGUUCCGCCGGUUCGGGCGACCUUUCGGUUCGAGGUUCGAACGGUUCGGUUUUCCCUUCAACAGGGACCCGUUUCAGGACGAUUUCGAGGAACCAAAACAACCGGAACCGAAACAAGAGACACAACCCCCACAAAACCAACCGGAAAAUCCGCCGCCGGAGCGAAGCCGCAAACAACAGAACAUCCAACAGAGCAAUACCGUAGACCUAGGCCAGAAGCAAGAACCGGUGAAUGAGAGAAAUCAGCGAUCGAUGUCUGCGCCACCGCCGGAUAACCGCCAAAGAUACACUUCGAGCAUUCACAUACCCAUCAACCGAGAGGGUAUGGCAGAGAUGGGAACGGCCCAGAGUCAAACCCAGCCACAGCAAGACAAACCGCCGGUUAAUAAACCGACCGAACGCGUUAUACCCAUCCAUGUAGAAGGCCGUGACGAACCGGUUAUACCGAAACACACGGGACCCUCCUACACCCAACAACAACCCCAACCGGAGCGAAUCUUCGGUCACAGGCCUAGUCAAUUCACCCAGUACGUCGGGAGGGAAUCCCCGAAGCCCGAGUGGCAACAACAAGGCCCGGAGGUGCGGCAGCAAAAAUUCCAACAAACGGCGGCGCCACCACCCCCGGAGGUUCUAGUCCAGAAACCACAAGAACAACCGCCACCACCCAAACCCUCCAACAACCCCAUCGAUAUCAUCCAAUCCAUCCAAAAGGACGUUUCCGAGUUAAUGUCGCAGGUCGAGAAGUUCAACGGCGUCCCCAAAGACAAACAAUAUCUCUACCUGGACGAAAUGUUGACCAGGAACCUCAUCAAGUUGGACAACAUCGACACGCAAGGCCAGGAGAACAUCCGGCAGGCGCGGAAAGAAGCAAUCAAGUGCAUUGAGAGCUGCAUUGGGAUUUUGGAAGCCAAAGCUGCAGCGAAUGUUCAACAAACCGGCGAACAAGUCGGCGAAACCCCCGAAAGUAAGGACGAAUCUCAGGUUGUGGAGGAGAAAAUGGACGUGGAAGUAAAAGAUGAGCCAAAGGUUGAGGAGGCUAAAAGCGAGCCCGAGGUCAAGGAGGAGAAGAUGGACGUGGCUCCGCCAGCGGCUCCCACGACGGAAGUGGUGGCGGAACCAGUAACUGUUGAACAACCCAAAGAGGAAAAACCGAAGGAAAGUGAGACAGAGACUAAACCGCCAACGGACGAAGAAAUGAAAGAUGAGAGCAAGGCGGAGGAGAAGAAGGAGGAAGCGAGUGAGGCGAAGGAGGAGGAUAGCAAGGAGAAGAAAAAGGGGGGGAAGAAGAAAGUUGUUAAAAAGUAAAUAGUCUAUGCCUUAUUGUUGAUAAUCUUGCUUUUACAAAGCUAGGAUAACUUAACCAUUUUAUUUAGUGAGACUGACUCGCUUUUAGAAAGUCACAGUGUAAAUAAUUCGUGUGUUUGACUGUGAUUGAUGUGUUUUUUUCUUUACCGUCCGUUUUUAUUUAUUGUAAAUAAAUGAUUUUGUACGCUGUACAAUUAAGAAUCAGAGUAUUAAUUGUGCCAUGCAUGAUUUGUACAAAUAAAUUUUUAGUUGAUCAACUGUUCGUUUUAUUUGUUGUAAACGCAAGAUUACUUUCAUAUCAAGUUACGCACAGUAUUUCAUUAACAGCCCGCAACUUGUAAAUAAAUUUUUAUCGACUAUUUAUCGAAGAUUGAGCCUUAGAGUUUGCAGCUUCUGUGUGUUCUUAAUAUUAAUACCUCAAAUUGUAUAAUUUGUUAUUGUUAUUUUAAUACAGUGCAAAAUAAACGGUUUUUUACCAGUU